AUGCUUGUGAAGGAGGAGCAACCAGGACCCUGUGCUAUAAAUGAGGACAGGAAGCAAAGUCAUUUUCACGUGAAAGGUUGGGGCGGAGGCAAGGGGGCGGAGGCAAGGGGGCGGAGGCAAGGGGGCGGAGGCAAGGGGGCGGAGGCAAGGGGGCGGAGGCAAGGGGGCGGAGGCAAGGGGGCGGAGGCAAGGGGGCGGAGGCAAGGGGGCGGAGGCAAGGGGGCGGAGGCAAGGGGGCGGAGGCAAGGGGGCGGAGGCAAGGGGGCGGAGGCAAGGGGGCGGAGGCAAGGGGGCGGAGGCAAGGGGGCGGAGGCAAGGGGGCGGAGGCAAGGGGGCGGAGGCAAGGGGGCGGAGGCAAGGGGGCGGAGGCAAGGGGGCGGAGGCAAGGGGGCGGAGGCAAGGGGGCGGAGGCAAGGGGGCGGAGGCAAGGGGGCGGAGGCAAGGGGGCGGAGGCAAGGGGGCGGAGGCAAGGGGGCGGAGGCAAGGGGGCGGAGGCAAGGGGGCGGAGGCAAGGGGGCGGAGGCAAGGGGGCGGAGGCAAGGGGGCGGAGGCAAGGGGGCGGAGGCAAGGGGGCGGAGGCAAGGGGGCGGAGGCAAGGGGGCGGAGGCAAGGGGGCGGAGGCAAGGGGGCGGAGGCAAGGGGGCGGAGGCAAGGGGGCGGAGGCAAGGGGGCGGAGGCAAGGGGGCGGAGGCAAGGGGGCGGAGGCAAGGGGGCGGAGGCAAGGGGGCGGAGGCAAGGGGGCGGAGGCAAGGGGGCGGAGGCAAGGGGGCGGAGGCAAGGGGGCGGAGGCAAGAGAAGAAGGCAAGAGAAGAAGAAAUGCGCAUCAAAUAA